AUGUCUGGCCCAUCCUCUUCAACGAACCCUCCAACAGAUCCUUCAAGCAUUGAAACACCCGCUCCCAAUCCUGAAAAGGGACACCAACUCUACGCCUGCGGCCAUUGUGGACGACGCUACUCAAGACCAGAGCAUCUCCAGCGUCAUGUCCAAACUCACACUCUGGGCCGUCGCUUUGCUUGUGGCAUCUGUGGGAAGACCUUUGCGCGCGCUGACUUGAAGAAACGUCAUGAGACAAACCACGAGAAUGACGACUCCAAAAAGCGACGACGCACUACCACUGCCCUCAACUCUGGACGGGUCACCCAUGCUUGCAAAGCGUGUGCUGCUGCGAGGGUCAAGUGUCAAGAAGAGAAGCCUUGUCAACGAUGUACUCGUCGCGGAUUGACUUGUGUUUCGUCAGAUGCAGGUUCAGCAGCAGCUAUGAAUCUAGUACACUUAUCUACCAGUGCGAGAUCUCAUGAUGACGAGUACGAAAGUGGCCCUAGCACUGGCCCUGCUCCGACAUCUUUUCCUCUCGAUCAAAUCUCUUUGUAUGGACAAACUGUCCAAUUACAAUCUCAACCCCAAUCUAGGUCUGGCACUCCUAAUACAGGCGACCUCACCAGAUCUGAAGCCAGCUCUUCUCAGCAACCCGACGCCGACCAGCUCCCCUUUUGCGACUUUCUACGGGAUGUCUUGUAUGAGCAGCAGUACGAUCAACCAGCCAGAAUGCCAGACAACACAGGUCUCGACGUUCUGGAUUUCUGCAAUGAUACCAACAUGGAGCUCUCAGAUAUGGACUUUGGUCUGUUGGAUCACUGGAACGCAGGCGGGACGGGCACCAACAACCCGAACGCAAUUCCAGUCCAGGCGGAUACCCCUAGAUCAGACAACUCUGCCGACGUGGCGCACGCACAUAUACGACAGAAUCUCGUUACGGCUUGGGAUGUAUCCCCUUGGCGAUGGGACCCGGUGGCAAAAGACAAUGCAUUCGGCGAACAAGGGAAUCUUCCAGUGUCGAAAAAGGACGUCGCAUCUUUACAAGCCGAGGCUGCUCAAGGGGGUCUCAGACGAGUCGUUGACCAAAGGUUGGAUUUUGCUGCUCGCGAUGGUGUCUUGGCACUUGUUCUUGGAGCUUGCCAACCUGAUGCCAUGUCAAGUCGUAUUUCAGGGUCCUUUCCCUCGGCAGAUCUCCUGGACACUAUGCUUCAUGUGUUUCUCAACUCGCAUACCAACCAGGUAUCCGAAUACAUCCAUUUUCCCACUUUCAAGCUUAACGAGCAGGAACCCGAGUGGAUUGCUGGAGCUGCAGCGGCUGGUGCUGUGCUGACUCCUAUACCGACACUACGAAAGUUUGGUUAUGCUCUCCAAGAAGCUAUUCGAAUCGUCAUGCCCAAACGAUUCGAAGAGAAUAACGAAUCGAUUCUGAACAUAGGCCUAAUCCAUGCUAUUGUUAUCGGUCAAGACACUGGUCUAUGGAGUGGGAAUCGGCGCAAGAUGGAGAUUGCAGAGUGCCACGUCAACAUUCCCACUACGAUGAUGCGAUAUCGCGGCAAGUUCCAACGUUCUACCUACCCCAUGCUUUCAGUCACUGCCGCCGACGAGGGCGCCAAUCUUGAACAGAAAUGGAGAACUUGGGUUGAUAUGGAGAAAUGGAAACGUUUCGUCUUCCAUCUCUUCCUACGAGAUAGUCAGCAGUCAAUGACAGCCUUGACCAACCCCGUCAUGUCGUAUGCUGAACUUACACUUCCCCUGCCCGCGUCUAAAGAGCUUUGGUACGCCAAGACAGCCGGAGACUGGAAACACGCAUACUUGAGACGUGAAGAUGGGCAUGUUAAGCGAGCUCCCUCAGUUGGCGAUCUAUUCCGCGAUCUGAACCUUCUUGCAGAAAACCGACACAGAUUGGAUGUGCAGCUUUCGGCAGCAAUCUACCUCCAAGCCUACUGGCUUCUGAUAUUGGAGUAUAGAAACAUGUGCUCAUCAUAUAGGAUACGAUCCUAUACUCAGGACCCGUACGGAAACACCAAUUCGUUGCUAAACGCACGCCGGCACCAGCUUUUGCAAGAUCUGCAGACUUUCAAGGUUACAACCAUGAACUGGCCUGAAAUCACAGCACAAGAGCGACUCCUGCUCAAUCAACUUAUGAUGGCUUUGCAUAUAUCCAUAGACGAUCUCCAGCUAUUUGCGGGUAAGGAAGGAGAUGAACAGGCACAUCGAGCAUUUCACGUACUCCAGCAAUGGGUUGAAAGUGUUGAUUCUCGAGCAGCUAUAUGGCACGCCGGCCAAGUCCUCCGGUUCGCUAAGCUCUUCCCAUCAGCACAGUUGAAAAACUUUUAUGCCGUUGGAGUACACCAUGCGGCGCUUGCCAUUUGGACGUACGGCGUGAUCAAGAAGGCAGGAAGUAAACAAGAUGUAUCUUCUCAGCACGAGAAAAUAUACAUAGAUGGGCCAGAAUCGAUGGGCAUACAGAGGUACAUCAACACGGGACAGGGGCUUCCUGUUUUCAGAGGACCAGCCAGCCGCAACGGGGUAUCUGAAGCGACAAUUGAGAACCCCAAAGCAGGCAUGGAGGCUAUACACGAGAUUCUCCAGGCUAACUUUGGAGGCGCAAACAGGAUGGCGCCCGCAAUCGUGGAAAAUCUAUGUGUCUUGAUACGGCAGCUUGGUAAUGUUGCAUGGGCAGUCGGGCUAGGAUGA